CCGGAAGUCCCCGGCUUUAAAGAAUAACCUCAAUGAUUCUUUACAUGUUGUGCACAGGCAGCAGAGUAAACACAGACAGAAAGCCGUCCUACAGGCUCUUCUUGAUUCCUGCGGUGGCUCUGGCAGCGCUACUCAUAGCCCCAGUUUAACUCCCGUGUUUACAGGGAAUAGGUGUUUACAGGUGGGAAAUGGCCAACAGAAGUUGAGAGGGGAAGCAGUAUAUGAAUAUAACCAGAGAUGGAUAAGGAUGGGGGAAAGCCAAAGACCUUUGUGUCUACUUUCAAGCUGGCCCUGAAGCCUCAAGCCAGGACUUUCUGUGUGGAGAAACAGAAAGAGAAUGGACUGGAUACCAGUAACACGAAGAUAACAGGAACUCACAAGCUUGGGAUCCCAUCUGCAACAGAUUCCAGACUUCCACUCAUCCAGGCGCUCCAAACGCCUCACUUCAAACAACCACUCAGCGACUGUGCAGUCUGUAAAGGAAGUGAUGCUACCUUUCAAGGUGUUAUCACAGGAAGUCGACCUCUGAGCGUUUCCUGGCUACACAAUGGUGAGAGGUUGCACUCAAGUAAAACCUCCUUCCAGAAUGGUGUUUCCAGUCUGUCUCUGACUCAGUGUAAACCUGGCGAUGCCGGGACGUACACGUGCACAGCUGAGAAUACUGCUGGGAAACAGUCAAGCAGUGCUGUGCUACAAGUCACAGAAACAAAGGAAAUCCCCAGAACAAGCAACCAUGAGCUGCACAGUGAGGUCACAUUUAAGGUUGCGUUACCCAAGAACACCCAAUUGUCCUCAGCUUCUAAAAAUGGACGACAGCACAGAGAAGAAAACAAAGUCUCCACAGCUAUCAGUGAUACAAACUUUCAAACAAAAGUCUCCCCAAGCAAAGGGCCUCCUGUGGAGUUUGUGGACCCCCCAGAGCAGGUGGAGGUUCGAGUAGGAGAGCAGGCCCGACUUCACUGUGAGUUCAGGAGCAGCUCUGUCCCUGUGGCCUGCUGCUGGAUUUUCAACAAAGACAAGGUGGUAGUAAGAGGGUCAAGGAAGUCUAUCACGAGCAGUGAGACACAGAGCAGUGUGGAGAUCUCUCAGGCCUGCCCAGAGGACAAAGGCUCGUACACCGUCGUAGCGCGAAACAGAAAAGGCUCUGCCCAGCACACCAUCUCCCUCAGUGUCAUGGACCGCCCAGCCCCUCCGGCCUCACAGCCUGUGGUGUCCCAGAUGUCCACUCAGUCCCUGGUCCUGUCCUGGACGGGGCCCAGCUACGACGGGGGCACAGCAGUGUUGGGCUACAAAGUGGAGGUGAGAAAUGAGGGCCAAGACAGCCCUGAGAGCUGGACAGAAGCAACCAGCCGUUGUAAAAACACAACCUUCCACGUGCGCUCUGGCCUGCAGCCUCUGGGUCAGUACCGCUUCCGUGUUAGAGCCUACAACUCAGCGGGGGUCAGCGAACCUAGCAGGGAGUCUGAGUGUGUGAAGAUGGCGACUGCAAAAGAAGACAAAAAGGACGAGCCUGAUUCAUAUGUCACAGUGACCAUUGACACCAAACACAAGGCCAAGGAUCACUACAAUGUGCACGAGCAGCUGGGAGUUGGGAAGUUUGGCCAGGUGUUUCGGCUGUCCCACAAAGAAACAGGUCAGGAGGUUGCUGGGAAGUUUUACCGAGCCCGAACCUCCAAAGAAAGAAUGGCAGCACGCAAAGAGAUCGAAAUUAUGAACCAUCUUCACCACCCAAAACUAGCCCAGUGCCUCGCUGCCUAUGAAUCGCGGUCUGAGAUGGUGAUGGUCAUGGAGUAUAUUGCAGGCGGGGAGCUCUUUGAACGCAUCGUGGAUGAAAACUUUGAGCACACGGAGCCCACCAGCGCCCGCUACAUGCAGCAGAUCCUGGAGGGCAUGCAGUACGUUCACAAGCAGAAAAUCGUCCACUUGGACAUCAAGCCAGAGAACAUCGUCUGUGUGGAUACAACUGGCACACGGAUCAAAAUCAUCGACUUUGGCUUAUCUAGUGAACUGGAGGAGGGUAAACCUCUGAUGGUGAUGCAUGGUACCCCGGAGUUUGUGGCCCCUGAGGUGAUCAACUAUGAGCCUGUAGGCCUGGAGACGGACUUGUGGAGCAUCGGAGUCAUCUGCUACAUCUUACUCAGUGGAGAAUCUCCCUUCCAGGGGAACAACGAUGCUGAGACUUUGGCUCUUGUGACUGCUGCCAACUUCGAGUUUGACCAGGAGAGUUUUGAGGACAUCUCUGAUCAAGCUAAAGACUUUAUCAGCUCCCUGCUGAAGAGGGACCGGAGAUGCAGACCAUCAUGUACCGAGGCCCUCGCACACCCCUGGGUGGCCUCUUUUACUCCACUGAGCCCCCUACCCACCAAGUCCCUGAAUAAGUGCAAGAUGAGACGCUUUCUGGCCAAGCGCAAGUGGAAGAAAACUGGCAAGGCUGUUUUGGCCCUACAGCGGAUGUCUAAUCUCUCCAACAGGCCAGACUCUCCUGGCAGCUCCUCAGAGGAGCCAGGAUGGAGCCAAGAGGCAGAGGAGGCCAUCCAGUCGCUGGAUAAGCAGCUGCAGAGAGAGCCUCGCUUCCAGCAGACCCUGAAGGACACCACCCUUCCCAAAGGAGCCACAGCUCGGCUCACAUGCCUUGUCAAUGGCUACCCACAGCUGGAGGUGAAGUGGCUUCAGAAUGAGAAGGCGCUGUGUGAAUCGGGCAGAGUGAGCAUGGAGCACCAUGAAGACGGGCUCUGCUCUCUGACUCUGGAGGAUUUGGAGCUUUCUGACUCUGGAGUUUAUGUGUGCAGGGCCGGCAACAAGCUGGGGGAAGCAAUGUGCUCCGCCAAACUGAAAGUGGAGAUGUAAAUGGAGAAAACAAAAGGAGCUUUAAAUGUCCUUCAUUCGUAAGGAGACUCUUCAGAAGUAGACUGAUGUGAAGGGUUUUGAUAUAGCCUGGACAUGACGUCUGUACAUGGGUGGACAGGUGUAUACUGCCACACAAAAAGGCUGCUUACAAUUUAUUUAAAGGGACAACUACUAUUAUGGUUGUUUUUGGACCAAAUACCCAGAACCCUUUGUUUCACUAGCCACAUUAAAUAAAUAAAGGUGAAAUCAUGUUACUGUGAGCUCAGCACCAUUCACGUGAAAACUGUACAUUUUGCACAUUAAAAUAUUAUUCAAAUGUAAUGUUUUUAAAGGCAUCACGAUUAAAGGCUGAAUGAGGAAAA